AUGUCCGGGUUCUUGGAUUUGCGACCCUUUUCGCUCGUCUUUGCUCUCAUCCCGCGCGUCACGGCGCCGUCUCAGCGAGUUACUCGAAAGGCAGUUGGAGCAUCUUCAAUUCAUUCUGCUUCUCCGCGUCCUGUUUCUUUGGCUUUGAGGCCUGCUUCUACGUGGAGUGCCCCGCCGAUUCAUCCCCAGCCAGGCCAACAACAUCAAUAUCCUCAUCAGCAGCCGAAUCAAUAUCCUCAAGCUCAGCCAGGUCAAUAUGCGCAUCCGCAGCAGUAUCCUCAGCAGGGUCAGCCCGUAGCUCAGCCAAACUCGGCGGGUGGUGUUCAUUAUCCUCAGCAACAGCCGUCGCAUCAGUACCAACAGCCUCAACAGCAGCAUCAAUCGCCAAGUCAGCAAUACCAACAGCCAAGCCAGUAUCAGCAGCCAAGCCAGCAGCAUCACCAACCAAAUCAACAACAGCCGUUGCCAAGCCAGCAACAUCCACCACAGGCGCAGCAGCAACAGCCGCCUUAUCAGCAGCCUCAACACCAGAGUCCGCAUCAACAGCAUACAUACCCGAAUCAGCAGCAAUCGCAGCCUCAACAACAACCACAGCAGCAACAAGUAUACCCGCAGCAACCCGAGCAUCAGCAACAGCAACAGCCCCAUCAACAAGUCCUGCCACAUCAGCAAGCGCAGCAGCAGCCUCCGCAACCUCAACAGCCGAAUUAUCAACAGCAGCAGCAACCACAUCAACAAGUCCCUCAGCCCCAGCAGCAACAUGACUACCACCAACAGCUGUCGCAGCAGCAACAUAAGCAACACCAACAGCAGCAGCAGCCGCAGCCGCAGCCUCAUCAACCCUCAAUCUCUAACCCCUCGGUGCUUCAGAACCCCCCGCCUCAACCAACACCCGAAAACCCACCACAACCACCACCAGCGAGCCCAGCUCUGCAGCGUCCCCAAUCGAUAAGCGAUCAUAAUAGCAUACACUCAUUUACGGCCGAGCAUGGAAGAGCCCAGAGUAUCAGUAGCAGCAGCGCUGGUAUUGCGACGCCUGCGACGACCAUCACUACACCAAGUACAUUGACGAGCCCGGUGUGGGAGCAUGCCGCUGUUCCUCCCGUGACGCAGCCAGUGCCGAGUGCACAGGUAUCAACUGGGCAGAAUUCUUCGAAUUCUUCGAUAUGCAACCAUUGUCGCAAAGUCUUUUGCGUCUGGUGCUUCACUGCAAAUGCUGUUAAUAUGUCCCACGGCCACGACAAGACCUACUACGUAGCCGACUCUGAUCCCCGCGUACAACUCUCCGUCCCAGACCCCACCUCCCACCUGUGGACGAUUCGCAAGAAUGUUUCAGGACGACUUUGGUAUACGCAUAAAUCGACGGGCUUGAAGACGCAUAUCAAGCCUACGGCUGCUGCGCUAUUGGGAUAUUCAGGUCUGCCGGUGGGCUGGGAGGAGAGAAGAACACCCGAUGGGAGGACUUUCUACUUCAAUCGCAAGAUGGGUAGUAGCUCAUGGACGAAGCCUGCUAAUUCCUUGCCCGACGGAUGGAAAGAGUUGAGGACUCCAGACCAGGUGCCGUUCUACAUCAAUGAGAACCUCGGACUCUCAACUUGGGAUCGUCCAGGUCAACAACCAAGAAAACGACCAGGGCAGAGCAACAAAGUCAUCACAAGAUCAAGAUCCGGACAACCCAACAACAACCAAAACGCCGGAGACGCCCUUCUCUCUGCUACCAUCAACGCAGCUAGGCUCACAGGCCAUGGUGUCGAAGUGGCAAGUCGACAGAUGGGCAAACUCGGCAAGAAAAAGAACUGGAGGAAGAUGGGCCGAAUGAUGACUCAAGCCAGCGGUUUAUCCAUGGACUCUGAUGGCGAAGGUGGUGGUGGGAACAGCUCUGACGAUGGAGGGUAUGAGGAUCAGGGACAGUAUCAGGACAACUCUGGCUUUCAACAGGCUGCGUUUUCGGAGCAGCAGUCGUUUAUGGAUCCGAAUCAAGCACAGGCUGGGUAUCAGCAGCCUGUCUAUGAGCAGCAGACGACGUACCAGUAUUCUGCGCAACAGGAGCAGCCUGUGUUUGAGCAACCGGCGUACGACAACAGCGGGCAAUUUGCAUUUCCUGGCAAUGAGCCUCAGCAAAGCUAUGAGCAACAGCAGGAACCUCAGUACCAGUAUGGCCAGAAUGCGGCGUAUGAUCAAGAACAACAGCCAGUACCUCAGCAACCUAUCGCCCCGCAGGAACAGCCACAGUACUACACACAAGAGGCCCAACAGCAGCUUGUUCAGCAGCCGGUUAUGCCUCAAGAGCAGCCGCAGUACUACCCUCAAGAAGCUCAACCGCAGCCUGCACAACAACCAGUUCUUCCUCAGGAGCAGCCUCAAUACUACACCCAGGAGGCUCAGCAGCAGCCUGUACAGCAACCUGUGCAACAGCAAGUGCCUCAGCAGCCAAUUUAUCAGCCAGCCCCUACCCAGCAACCUACUUCAUUCGAUCUCUUCACGCCCCCGGACCAGAACAGCGAUCCUCCUCCACCCGUUCCCCAAGAGCCAUGCAUGCCUCCUCAACCUGUUGUCGCCAACCAGGUCCCAACGACUCAAGCACCAAUGUAUACCUUCCAGCAACCAUUCUUCUACGACCCAGCCCCCACGACACAAGCCGAAGCUCCUGUGACAUACCAGUCGCCCGUCUACUCACCGACGUACAUACCUCCAGAGCAAAGCCAAUUGCCGCACAACAACCAGCCCGAGAUCAUAACGAGCGACGAUCCCCUGGUCGAGACCUACAACUCAGAGAGCACAACCAUCUUUGUCGACAACACUUCAUUCGUGACCGGACAGCAGAAUGCUGUGAACGAACCCGUCGGCAUUAUACCUGAUAGCCAGGGCGACAUUGUAGUAGAGGUUACGAUCCAGCAGCAGCCAGAGCCUCUAGGUGUUCCAAGUCAAUCGAGUUUGGAGGUCAUUUCAACUCCGGAGCCGUUGAUUAUACAGGAAAACAAUCAAGCGCCGGACUCUGUUUCGGCAGCUCAGUCGACACAACUUCAAGGGGACAUGGAUGCAUCUGCGGCAUGCUUGGCCCUCAUCUAGGGGAUCAGGAUCAGCCUUAUACAUGAGAGAUUUGUAUCUAGAGAUAUCACAAGUAGUAAAUGAUGAAUGAAAUCGAAUUCGCUGUCUAUACUCGGAUGCCCAUUAUUCC